GACAUUACACAAAGAUUUCAAGCAACGCUACUCGGUGCUGGCUGCUGAAGAAUCAGUGAGCUCGACAGAUCCGAAGAAAUGUGCAGGAGCAAUCCUGAACAGGCUAGUGAAGGACGGCGUUCUAACUGAAGAGAACUUCCGCAUAGGUGAAACAAAAGUCUUCUUCAAAGCAGGUGUAUUGGCGCAUCUGGAAGACGUUCGUGAUGAAGCUCUUAAAAUUAUCAUGACCAAACUCCAGUCUCAGAUCCGGUGGUAUCUUGGACUGACUGACAAGAAGCGACGGAUCGAACAGAAAGCCGGUCUGCUUAUUGUUCAAAGAAACGUGCGGUCGUGGUGUUCACUAAGAACGUGGGACUGGUUCAAGUUGUACACCAAAGUACGGCCAAUGCUUAAAGAAGGAAAGAUCGCUGAGGAAAUGGAAAAGUUACAAGAGAAAUUGAAAUCACUCGAAGAGACACUCCAAAAAGAAGAAAAACUGAGAAAGGAGCUUGACGAAUCCUCGAAGAAAAUGGAGUCCGAAAAAGCAGAGUUGUUCGGGCAGCUCGAAGCAACCAAGAAUCAACUGACUACUGCAGAAAGCCGGCUCAAAGAAAUUGAAUCCACGAAGUCAGAAGCCGACAAAAAGCUUGAGGAUCUGAAUGAGCAACUAGCUGAAACGGAAGACCAAAAUGCUGAAAUUCAACGCGCGAAAAAAAAGGUUGAGGGCGAAGUCGAAGCGCUCAAAAAGCAAAUUCAAGAUCUGGAAGUUAGCGUCCGCAAAGCUGAAAUGGAGAAGCAAUCAAAAGAUCACCAGAUUCGUUCGCUUCAGGACGAAAUGCAACAGCAGGAAGAAACGGUUGCAAAACUGAACAAGGAAAUGAGGCACCAGGAGGAGCUGAACAAAAAAAUUAUGGAGGAUCUUCAGGGUGAGGAAGACAAAACAAACCACAUCAAUAAGAUCAAAAGCAAGCUAGAGCAGACGCUUGACGACCUGGAAGACAGCCUAGAACGCGAACGAAGAACCAAAGCUGAUACGGAAAAGGCGAAGCGAAAGGUUGAAGGGGAGUUGAAAAUAGCACAGGAAACCAUUGAGGAAGCAACGCGCCAGCGCCGUGAUCUCGAAAACAACAUGAAACGAAAA